GGCUGCGAAGAAUCCCAGGCGGCAUUUGCUACAAACCUUCUGAGUGAAGACUCCAUGGCGGUUAACAGGGCGUGUUAGCUGUGCAACAUUAACAUAACAUUGUAGAAACACCGGGACUGAAGGAGGCUCGGCGCUGUCAUCCAGGUGAUCCGCACCAUCUGGCCCCAGAAACCACUGACAGGUUUUAAUAACCACAUACUGACUGGGUGAGGAAAUUGUCUCCUUCUAUGAUGGACUUAACCAAAACCUGAGGACUUUCACGGAAUAACUGGGCAUCUAAGGAGACUCGGACAGUCUGAGUGUGCGUCAACCACCGAAGGGUUUGGAGACAACUCGUGCCAAGGGAAAGGGGAACGGUUCUCAGCAAAGUCCAGGAUUUGUUCAUUUAACCUCUUCAGCAUCGAGAACACUCAGAUUUUCUUCUGACGCUAAAAGGCACAAAGGGAGGCUCUGUUAGUGACAUAGGGCCUAGAGCCAGAUAUUAAAAUGACAGAGAACAAGGAGUACCGCCGCUCACAGGUGAUUGAACCCAAGACCAUCACCCAGUUCAACCAGUUCCUUCCCACCAAGGACAAGCCGUUAGGCUACGUCCCAGCACCGCUGCGCAAAAAGCGGGGCGAGCAUAAUGAUGACAACCGCAGGAGCUGGGGCAGCAUCUUGGAUGAGGAAAAUGAAACCCCCUUCAGCAGGAGCAAGUCCAUGAGUGACAUCAUCGUGGACAACCCAAUCCAGCGGCACGUGCGCUACGAGGAGCUGCAGAAGAUGCGAAACCAGCUCAGGGACAACGAGGACCAAUGGCAGGACGAUCUGAGCAAAUGGAAGAGUCGACGCAGGAGUGUCAACUCAGAUAUCAUGAAGAAGAAGGAGGAGCGUGAGCAGAUCGAGAUGAUCACCGGCGGGGGUAGCACCAGGAGGUCCAAGACCUUCAAAGAGAUGCAAGAGGACAGGGAGAACAGAAAACAGGGGAAUGAUGGCAGCGUGUUCCUCUCCACGGAGGAGGAUAUCGUCCCUAAUCCUAAGCCCCAACCCCGGACUCGCCUGGGCCGCAGCUUCACUGUGGACGCUUCCUACAGUUCCACAGACAAACCCAUGACCCGUUUGGUGUCCAACGUGCAGGAGGAGCAACACCACAGUGCAGACACCUUCAAAGUUUCCAUCAGAAGUUCAUCCACUCCUACUAUUCAGAAGGAGAACAAGAGCAUCAAUCCAACCCCGUUAAAGAGGUCUACACCUCUAGUGUUGUCAAAUGACAGGGACGAGAGGAGCCGCGCUGCGACAUUGCCGUCGGACACCUCGCCAUCCCCUUCUCCACCCGCUGCUCGGGUCAUCACCGCUCAGAAAGUUUCCACCAGCCCCAGGAUCACCAAAAGGACCAGCUAUGUUCCUGCUGACCUUGAGGAACAAACAGACUUCAGCAAGUACGAGAGGUCUUCGGUGCGCACAACUGCGAAAGCCUCAGAGUGGAAACCUUCUGUUGUCAAACAGGAGGAGGCGCAGAGCUAUUUGCGUAAAAACAACUCAGCAGAUGUGAGAAGAAGUGCGACGCAGGUUUCAGCCACCCUCCCCGCAGGCUUCCAGAAAUCGGACAGCCUGCGGCUCACUUCCGUGGUCACCCCGAGGCCCUUCGGGAGCCAGCCAUCCAGGACUGCCUCCUUGCCCAGAAAAUACACUGUGGACAAUUUGCCCAAACUUAACAACGGUGAUACCGCUGCCUCCCCAAAGUCAUCUGUGCCCAGCCGCUACAGUCAGUACAUAACACCUGAGGAUGAGAGCCACUCCCAUUCUGGAUCUGAAGAGAGUGGUAGUGAGGACGAGGAGGAAGAAGAGGAGGUAGAGGUGGACAAGGGCCAUGUGUCAGACAUGCGUCACACCAAGCCCUUGUCCCCACUCACUGCUGCAUCACAAAAUGGCACGGCACAGGAGCACUACAGCGACAUGAGAAUCAACCUAAAUCUGAGACCAAACAGCCGCCGGGACUUUGGCUUCCAGACUAACUGGGAUUCUACAGGAGCACGUAUCAAAUCCAUUGAGCCCGGCAGCCCUGCGGAGAUUUGUCACCUGCAGGUGGGUGAUGAGAUCUUGGCCGUGAAUGGCAACCACGUGUCUGACAUGAGCUACAGCAAGUGGAAGGACAGUAUGGACGCUGCACUGCGAGAGGGAGCCCUGGAGAUGGAUGUGCGCCGGCACGGGAAGAACAACUGGGGCAGAGACCUACCUUCCCUACCGUAUACCAGCCACAAAACCAUCAAUUUGACCAGUGUGGAUCCAACACUUAUAGGUCCUUCAGAAAAGUACAGCCGCAUUCUCCAGACAUCCCCAGAAACUGCUGCCAAAUCUGCCAAGAUCAGCACUCAGCCUGCCAUUGAUCUGGCUUCUAAAGGGAUGAAUGGUGGUUUCCAAGAAGGGUCUGUGAGGACAAGAAAUAAAGAGUUCGAGCCCAUCUCUCUGAAAAACUUUAAAAGGCGAUCAGAGUUUUUUGAAAACCAAGGAGGACCAGAAUCUGCCAUUCCAAAUAUACAGGUUCCUCCGAUCAGCACCUCCUACAAUCGCUCGUCCUGGAACUCUGAGGACGAUCGCCAGCGACAGGAGAAGUGGCAGAAGGAGCAGGAACGCCUACUGCAGGAGAAAUACAAACGUGACCAGGAGAAGCUCAAGGAGGAGUGGCUUCGAGCUCAGGAGGAGGUCACAAAGCAUGAGGAGUUACAGCAGAGGAAGAGGGAGGAGGAGCUACAGCGCCAGGAGGCGGAGCACAAGCGGAGGGAGGAGGAGUUGAGGCAGCAGAGGAAGAGGGAGGAGGAGCUACAACGCCAGGAGGCGGAGCGCAAGCGGAGGGAGGAGGAAUUAAGGCAGCAGAAGCAGAGGGAGGAGGAGCUACAGCGCCAGGAGGCGGAGCGCAAGCGGAGGGAGGAGGAGUUGAGGCAGCAGAGGAAGAGGGAGGAGGAGCUACAGCGCCAGGAGGCGGAGCGCAAGCGGAGGGAGGAGGAGUUGAGGCAGCAGAGGAAGAGGGAGGAGGAGCUACAGCGCCAGGAGGCGGAGCGCAAGCGGAGGGAGGAGGAGUUGAGGCAGCAGAGGAAGAGGGAGGAGGAGCUACAACGCCAGGAGGCGGAGCACAAAAGGAGAGAGGAGGAGUCAAGGCAGCAGAAGCAGAGGGAGGAGGAGCUCCAACGCCAGCAGGCAGAGCGUACAUGGAGGGAGCAGGUGGAGCGUCAGAAAGCCGAGAGGGAACAGCAGUGGUUUGGGGACUCAUAUGGAUUUGCUCGGGGAAUUUCUGCCUCGGACAGGGCAAAAUCCAAAUCCACUCCAGAACUCGAUGACUUUGUUGCACGCAAUGGACGAGCAAACACCAGUGUGGGGGAGCCCCUGUCUCAAGUUGAGCUGGAACGCCAGCAGAUCCUCCAAGGGUUGAGAAAGACCACCCAGCUGCACACAGACAACAGCUGGAUCCGUGAGCACGGCACCAGCAUCGUCCAGAAGGAGCCUGUCAGUCCAAUGGGGUCCAUGAGAAGAGGCGAGUCUCUGGACAACCUUGACACACCCCACUCCUGGAGACAGUCCUGGUCUUCAGGACCCGCCCCCUCAUCCCCCAGUUACAACCGCCCAAGCUCUGCGCUUACAGGCCCCCGUGGUUUCAUGCGCACGGGCUCCUCCAUCCAGCCAGGCUCCCUGAGACAGCCGUCGUCCAGCUCUUUCAGCGCCCCUGCUUCCGAUCCCCAAACAUCCUCACAGCUGCUGAACAGGUCUGUCAGCGGCAGGAAGAUCUGCACAUCCUGUGAGUUGCCCCUGGGCAAGGGAGCGGCCAUGGUCAUCGAGUCUCUGGGGCUCUGUUUUCAUUUGCCUUGUUUUAAGUGCGUUGAAUGCAAGUGUGACCUCGGAGGAUCGCAGUUAGGUGCAGAAGUCCGAAUUCGAAACAAGCAGCUCUACUGCAGCUCCUGCUAUGUUGAACUCAAAAGUGAGAAAGAGCCCUCAUACAACAUACAAUACAGACAUCAUUGACACUAAAAUCAAUAAACUGUAAAUACUACCCUGGGCAAUACUGUAGGUUUCAUUAAAAUGACAGCACUGCGUCACACGGCAAUGUGCUCGCUGAAGUGUAUGAAGUAACAGCGAAAUAGAUACUGCUACUAAAGGUCAUUUUGUAUUUUCGUGAUGUAGGAAGGUCAGGUGAUUUAAAUAGAGUAAUCACAUCCUAAAUGGUUCAUGUAUAUCCUCUUGGGGAAAGGUUGCUUAAGGUGCUUAGGCCAAAAAGGUACAACAUGAACAAUCCAGUUAGGGAUUUCCUUUAGUAAUAAACCAAGAAAAGAACAUGUGUGUUUUGUAACCCAUUAUCAAAGUGUACGUUCAGUACUUUUCUUUCAACAGGUCUAUUGAUCAGAGCGAUCACUGCAAGUGUUGAAAAACACCUUCCUUUUCAUUAGAUCUGCAGAAGAGACCUAUGUUUAGACCAUCUUGUGGUCAGCGUUCUGGUGUAAUGCUGUUUUCCCUCCAUUAGCUGGACAGCCCACCUCCAUGUGACCUGACUUCAUUACAGCGGAGAGGAAAGAAAAGUCCCGCCAAACAUCCAUGGCCACAAUUGUUGUGAACCUUCAGUAAAUGAUAAAGUAUGCUUUGAUUUUGCAAGCAGUGACCCUGCGGUGAAAUUUAUGGCUUUUCAUUUGCAAUAUGGUGAGAUCCAAAGGGAAAUAUUUGUAACUGCAGCACUGAACUUUGAUUGUGCAAAGCGGAAGAGACAUUUAUCGUAUGUACCUCACUGCUAUCUAGGUUUCAGCUGAAACAGUGUGGGAUAAAUGGUUGCAGUGAUGGCAACACGCUGUCGGAUUUCAGACUAGCGUUCUUGGUGGUUGAGGUUUUCACCCUUUGCGGUGCUUUGGUCUGGACUGGGGUGCCUUAAUUUCAGAGUUACCAACUUUGUUGUCACUUAUAGGCCUACUUAUUUGUUAUGUAUCUUUGAAAAGUACUUGUCCUUUGGGAUGGUGAGAGGAUGUAAUGAUGCAUAUUUUCAGUUAUACACAAGAUAUUGAAAACUGACUCCAAUGUGCAUUUAAACGUUUGGUUUCCUUUUUCAUCUACAUCGACCUCUAACUUAAUUACAUAUUAAUUAAACUGGAACUAAACUUGGUUUAUUACUCUUUGUAAAUAAAAUGAUAAAAUCUGAA